AUGCAACAAACUCCAAUCCCGGCCGUUCUGAAAGACAAGGAAUUUUGGAGUAACUUCAAUGAUGGUAUGAAUACAGUUCGACGUUCUAUAGAUGCUGCUGCUACUGGUGACAUGCAUGAAAAACCGGAAAAAAUACUAGACAAAACAGAUCUGCUUGUCAACACUUCCGGUCAGAUACUGGCUGUGAUAUGCCGACAAAUGUACGAAUUGGUCGAGUUUACUGUACCACGAUUUUUUAUUAUAAUGCCGGAAGAAAUGUCGAUCCGUAACCCCACUCAAGUGUUCUUCAAUAACUAUCGUUUAUUUUUCAUAUGUGAGUGCGAUAACAAAAGUGAUAUGCAUCUGGCCUAUCAUGACGGCUAUCCAAUCAAUCGACCAAGAGAGUUUUUUCUUCGCUAUGGCUCUUAUAUCAGACAUGGCAUUCAAAGAAUGAGAAAAACUCCAGCAGAUGUAAUUGAACUGCUAGGAAGAACCUUAGCACUUGAAGCAAACCAGAUAUUAACAACACUUGAUAUAAGCUGCAAUGAAAUAGGACACAAGGGAGCGAAAGCUCUUGGAAAAGCACUUGAAUCUAACCAGACACUGGCAAUGCUCAAUAUAAGCCAGAAUACAGUAGCAGGUGAGGGUGACAAGGCUCUCGGAAAAGCACUUGAAUCGAACCAGACAUUGACAACAUUUGAUAUAAGCCGGAAUGCAAUAGGAGACGACGGAGUAAAAGUUCUGACAAAGGCAAUUGAGUCGAAUCAGACAUUGAAAGCACUUAAUAUAAGCGGCAAAGUGGUAGGAGACGAGGGAGCGGAAGCUCUCGGAAAAGCACUUGAAUCGAACCAGACGUUGAUAUAA